AUGACUGCCCACUCCAGUCAAGAGGUAACGAAUUCUGGUGAAUCGAACCACAAACGACCACCUGAAAAAUUGACGCUACCAGUGUACAUCGUGGAAGAACACCAUGAGGUAAUCCCAUACUGGUUCCACGCUGCUGAGUCGGGCCGGCUUCCUAGUCCAAAGGGGAAUACAUUGGUAAAACAGUUGUCCCCGGAUCUUGUCGUUCGGAAUUUUGUUUUUGUCAGGUUCUUUUUUUUUUUUUUUUGGUUGGUACAUGUGGAUGCUCACUCAGACAUGGCCAUACCAGUUGUCAGUCCAGACUUCCCUCUUUUCCGCUGGCCGAAGAAAUCGGAGAUACCGAUGCUUAUGACAGAGAACGACAGGUUUAUCGUUGCGGCAUCUUUGUCUGGAAUGUUCUCCAGAAUUGUUUGGAUCUGGCCGAGCUGGGACGAGGAGGAAAACCUAAAGACUAUGUACAGUGACCACAUGAUCGUUGACGUCACUACCGGAACCUGGCUUCGACCUAUCGCUCAUGGAUCAGAACCAAUUAUUGAUCUCUGUUUCUGCGUCACAGCUUUAAAUUCUCCACCAUCAAAGGGGCUUGCAGGAGACGGGAGGUACAACUAUUGUUAUAGAUUUAAUUCGUCAGAGCCUAGAGAUAUGUUAGGAACAAACAUAACCCAAGCCGGUUGUCUUCAGAAGAUGAGAGUGCGUGUGGAAGUGGUGAGUGAGACGGCCUUGAUGCGCUCAUUGAAAGCAGGGCAAUUUGAACAAAUUGAAGAAUCGUCUGGCUAUAUUCUGGACAUAGAUGAAGAUUAUUUUGGUUGUGAAGCGAGUGUGCUACCUCUUUACAAGGCUGGUAUAGAUGAAGCCUACAUUCAACGUAUUAGUUUUUGGGUAGAAAAACUGUUUUGUGGAAAGACUAUUGAAACAGAAUCGGCGGCUGACGGGAUUUUUCAAAUGUUGAUAACUUUUAUCAUUAAUUCGAAUAAUAAGUGCCACUUUAAUAGUACGUCAAGAGAUAUAUUUCUCCAUCCCUGUGGGGUAAAACUGUAUAAUAUUCUUGAUGAAAGGAUAUUCAACGUUCGGAAUCGUAGACCAAAAACUGGCUUAUCUGUCGAGGAAGUUUUCUGUACGAUCAAAGCAACGUCAUCUUUGAAAAAACAACAUAUAUCAAUAUUGUCACAGCUAUUGAGUUUACUGCACAAUCUGACAGAACCACAGCUACACGCCCUGUCGGAAGUGGGAGUCUGUUGGUACGUCUCGCCCUCCACCUUCAACAACGACAAGGUCCACCACUUCAAGCUCUGUGACGGUAACAACAAACCCAACAACACCAUGGUCACUUUUUUCACGCCGGACCAAUGGGAGGUCAGACAGAGGUCACAGCGUUUGGAGACGAUCUUGCAGCGCAUGACAUUGACCCCUGACCUCGUGACCUUGUGUCGUUCCGUGAGGGACGGUUACACCCCCAGAUCCCGGUUCCGACAGAUCGAAUCGUCUGUGAUUGGUGUGAUGAGAGGCGUCUAUGGGGGAGAGGACGGGGGAAAUGUCAACGUUUUAUAUGAUAGAGAUUUGCUGGGAGGGGUUUAUGGCUGGCCUGGGAGAUCAUAUGUCAAUCCUUUAGAUUAGAAGAAUCGCUUUUUUCAUUUAUUUGUACUGUUAAAGUUUGUUUCUGACUUUGUAUGCAAGUUUUCGGGUUGAAUAUUUAUUUGUCCUUCCGUUUCUUUCCUUUCUUUUUUGUUUCUUUGUUGUUGCUUUUUUGUUUUGUUCACGUGUCCUGAUUUAGUGCCAUAUAUUUGUAAGUUACGUAAAAAAAAGGUGUCAACACAGCAAGUCGUAGUAAUUGUCAUAAUUCUAGCGGGGAAAACCCUUUGAAAAAACAACAACAAAUAAACACAACACCAACAAAAAUAAACUAAACAUAUAAGGAAAUAGGACAAAUGUUUGAAAGUUGUCAAGAAAUCUAUGAGGGAGAAAAUGGAAGGAAAUGUCAACACUUUAUUAGAUAGAGAUUUGCUGGGAAGGGUUUACGGCUGGCUUAGGAGGUCAUAUAUCAGUUCUUUAGAUUAGAAGAACUUUACUUCUAAUUUUAUUCUUUCUGUACUCUGAAUGUCUAUUGUGGACUUCGUAUGCAAGUUGUUUGGGUGAGAAUUUAUAAAUCCUUUUUUUUUUCUUUUUUUUUUUUGCCACGUGUUUUGAUUUCGUGCCAGAUAUUUGAAAGUUACGUUUAAAAAUGUGCAAUUAUUAUGAUUUUAGGGGGGUGGGGGAGCAAAAACAAACAAACAAACAAACGAACGAACAAACAAACAAACAAACAGACAAAAACCCCAACUAAACUCUUUAGGAAAUUGGAAAAUUGUUUGGAAAUUGUCAAGGCGUCUAUAGAGGAGAGAAUAGGGGAAAUGUCAACAUAUUAGAUGAUCAAUAUUAAAUUGCUGGGAGGGGUUUACGGCUGGCCUGAGAGGUCAUAUUACGCAGAUGUAUUAGAUUAGAGAAACUGUUAACUUAGUUUAGUUAUUUUUGUGGGACAAAAUAAUGUUUUGUUAUUUUUUUGGGACAUAUUAUGCAAGUUUUUUAAAGUUUAUUCAUUGAGGACACGCAUUUUGGUCAUUCCAUGGCUUUAGAAGACACGCUGCUUUGAUGCAUGACCUCAUAAUUCAAACAGAUUUUCCAUUGUGUUUUUACCAGUUUUCAAGUUGAAAAGACAAGCAACAACAUUCAUUCUAUGAAAUAUGGAAAUGAGCCCCCUUUUCUUAUUCAUUACAACUAAAAAAAGAAUUGAGCAUGUUUACACUUUUGACAGAAUGCACUUAUUUUACAGGCGCACUUACUUCCUACCACCCACCCUCCCUCCCUCCCUCCCUCCCCAAACUGAAUAUCUCAAACCUUAACAAGUGCUUUUACCUAAAAACCUAACCCAAUGCUAGUUUAUUUUCUUUUUCUUUAUACGGAUACUAUAAUCAGUAAACGUUAUUAAAUUCUUUGUUUGUA